AUGACAUUUGGUAGGGCUCGAGUAUUCGGUUCUUUGCUUCAGCAUUCGAAGGUUAUACUACAGUAUAGAGUAUACAAAUCAAGCUAUGCUAUUAAUGAUAUGUUACGAUUUAAAAACGACGAAGAAAAUGAGCAAGAAAAAAAGGUACGAUCAAAGUAUGUAUUCCGAUCACGUUUACCAGUCCUCAUCGAAAAUGAUCAUUUCGAUGCGCCAUUCCAAUACGAAUACGACAAGAUUUGUCGCGAAUAUUAUGCUUGGGAUUCGGAGAUGAAUGCUGUCAAAACUGUGUGGGAAAAAUUGAAACCACCACCACAGGAAAAAGUUGAAGAGAAUGUGCUGCUAAUUGGUAAUCUGCGCUCGCUUCCUUGGGCUCCAAAUGAGUGGUGCAUAGAGCGAGCAUUUGAUUGCUAUCGGAAUAGGCGAGACGUUAUUCGGAUUCAUUUAACCAUAAAAUAUUUGGAAAUGUUGAAAAGAUUGCCUGAUCUGCGAAUUGGUGUUAUGCUAGACAUGGCUCGUCAUAUUCAGCAAAAGAUUCUAAUAGAAAGGACUCGAAAGUUGUUCGAACUAGUGUGCCAAACAUAUUAUACUGGUGAUUUGAAGAAGUUAGUAGAAAGUGAUGAAAAUGCUGUACCUAUUGUGAAAUAUAUGCAUCGAGUCGAACAGUUUGAAGUUGAAAGGCGUGAGCUAUUAAAUAUCACUGAACGAGAUAUUGUCACCGUUGCUCCAGGUCUUUAUGGUUCCAUUCAGGAUUUCUUCCGGGUUUACUUAGCAAGUACUUAUUCGUUAUCAAUUACGUGUUGUGCACUGUAUCAGAAAAAUAUUCUGUAUCGUGUAGCUGAUGAAAAGUAUAAAUCAACGAAGAAUCAGAUUUCUAUGCCGUAUGAGUACUCGUACAAUGUACCGCACCUCAUAUUCGGUAAUUUUGAUUAUUGGUAUUCACGAAUGAGGAAGCGGUUCGAACUUCACGACCUUCACAUUUUAGCUUUCCCAGUAUUGCCUUGGUACAAAGAUUUACCCGAUACGCAUGGAAAAUUCUUCUCACCACAAUAUGAACGAAUCCCAUUAUCCACAAGCAUUUUUUUAAGGUAG